GUGUGAUUGGAAGAAUAGAAUUAAAAGAAAUAAAGGAUGGAGUUCUCAUUCCAAUUAGACUUUAUUUCCCAUGGACUUACUCACUUGUUUUUCAUCACAGAAAUGGCCUCCACCUUCAGCCCCCGAGAAUGUAAGCUCUCCAAACAAGAAGGGCAAAGCUAUGGUUUCUUCCUGCGAAUUGAGAAGGAUACUGAUGGCCACCUGGUCCGAGUGGUUGAGAAGGGUAGCCCAGCAGAAGAGGCCGGCCUCCAGGAUGGAGACAGAGUUCUUAGGAUCAAUGGUGUCUUUGUCGACAAGGAAGAGCAUAUGCAGGUUGUGGAUCUAGUCAGAAAGAGUGGGAAUUCUGUGACUUUAUUAGUUCUGGAUGGGGAUUCGUAUGAGAGAGCUGUUAAAAAACAAAUAGACUUGAAGGAGUUGGGUCAAAGUCAGGAGCCAGGUUUGAGUGAUAAAGAGCUGCCUCCUGUGAGGAAUGGUGGAACAGAGAUGUGGACCCAGCCUCGGUUGUGCUACCUGGUGAAGGAGGGGAACAGCUACGGCUUCUCUCUGAAAACUGUCCAAGGUAAAAAGGGAGUAUACCUGACUGAUAUAAAACCUCAAGGUGUGGCUAUGAAAGCUGGUGUCCUAGCUGAUGAUCAUUUGAUUGAAGUGAAUGGAGAGAAUGUAGAAAAUGCCAGCCACAAGGAAGUGGUUCAAAAGGUAAAGAAGUCGGGAAGCCAUGUUGUGUUCCUACUGGUAGACAAGAAAACUGACAAGCACUAUAGUGAGCAGAAGAUACAGUUCAAGAGAGAAACAACUAGUUUGAAACUGCUUCCCCACCAGCCCCGGGUUGUGGAGAUGAAGAAGGGCAGUGAUGGCUAUGGGUUCUACCUGAGGGAUGGCCCAAAACAGAAAGGUCAAAUCAUCAAAGACGUAGAUUCUGGAAGCCCAGCAGAGGAGGCUGGCCUGAGGAACGAUGAUCUGGUAGUUGCUGUCAAUGGCGAGUCUGUGGAAGCCCUCGAUCAUGACGGUGUGGUGGAAAUGAUUAGGAAGGGUGGAGAUAAGACUUCACUGCUGGUGGUAGAUAAGGAGACGGACAACUUGUAUAGACUGGCUCAUUUUUCUCCAUUUCUCUACUAUCAAAGUAAUCAAGAAUUGCCCAAUGGUUCUGUCAAGGAAGUUCCAGCAACAACUCCUGCUUCUCUGGAGGUUGAAAGCACCUACUCCUCUGGAGGCUCUGUAAAGGAGGUUCCAGCAACAACUCCUACUCCUCUGGAGGUCGAAAGCUCCUACUCCUCUGGAGGUUCUGUCAAGGAGGUUCCAGCAACAACUCCUGCUCCUCUGGAGGUCGAAAGCUCCUACUCCUCUGCAGGUUCUGCCAAGGAGGUUCCAGCAACAACUCCUGCUCCUCUGGAGGUCGAAAGCUCCUACUCCUCUGGAGGUUCUGUCAAGGAAGUUCCAGCAACAACUCCUGCUCCUCUGGAGGUCGAAAGCUCCUACACCUCUGGAGGUUCUGUCAAGGAAGUUCCAGCAACAACUCCUGCUCCUCUGGAGGUCGAAAGCUCCUACACCUCUGGAGGUUCUGUCAAGGAGGUUCCAGCAACAACUCCUGCUCCUCUGGAGGUUGAAAGCUCCUACUCCUCUGCAGGUUCUGCCAAGGAGGUUCCAGCAACAACUCCUGCUCCUCUAGAGGUCGAAAGCUCCUACUCCUCUGGAGGUUCUGUCAAGGAAGUUCCAGCAACAACUCCUGCUCCUCUGGAGGUCGAAAGCUCCUACACCUCUGGAGGUUCUGUCAAGGAGGUUCCAGCAACAACUCCUGCUCCUCUGGAGGUCGAAAGCUCCUACUCCUCUGCAGGUUCUGUCAAGGAGGUUCCAGCAACAACUCCUGCUCCUCUGGAGGUCGAAAGCUCCUACUCCUCUGGAGGUUCUGUCAAGGAAGUUCCAGCAACAACUCCUGCUCCUCUGGAGGUCGAAAGCUCCUACACCUCUGGAGGUUCUGUCAAGGAGGUUCCAGCAACAACUCCUGCUCCUCUGGAGGUCGAAAGCUCCUACUCCUCUGCAGGUUCUGUCAAGGAAGUUCCAGCAACAACUCCUGCUCCUCUGGAGGUCGAAAGCUCCUACACCUCUGGAGGUUCUGUCAAGGAGGUUCCAGCAACAACUCCUGCUCCUCUGGAGGUUGGAAGCUCCUACUCCUCUGCAGGUUCUGUCGAGGAGGUUCCAGCAACAACUCCUGCUCCUCUGGAGGUCGAAAGCUCCUACACCUCUGGAGGUUCUGUCAAGGCUCCAGCAACAAUUCCUGCUCCUCUGGAGGUCGAAAGCUCAGAUACUACAGAGGAAGUAGAUCAGAAGCCUAAACUCUGCAGGCUGGUUAAAGGUGAAAAUGGCUAUGGCUUUCACUUAAAUUCUAUUCGGGAUCUACCAGGCUCAUUCGCCAAAGAGGUACAGAAGGGCAGCCCUGCUGACCUGGCCGGGCUGGAAGAUGAGGAUAUCAUCAUAGAAGUGAAUGGGGUCAAUGUACAGGAUGAACCCUAUGAGAAGGUGGUGGACAGAAUCCAGAGCAGUGGGAAGAAUGUCAUACUCUUAGUCUGUGGAAGGAAGGCCUAUGAUUAUUUCCAGGCUAAGAAAAUCCCUAUUGUUUCUUCCAUGGCUGAUCCAUUGGAUGCUCCUCCUGAUUACAAAGAAAAAACACUGGCAGAGUCAGAGGAUGACUCUCACACAGCAAAAGAACGAGCCCACAGUACAGCCUCCCAUUCAUCUUCCAGUUCUGAAGAUACAGCCAUGUGAUGAGAACAAAUGAUGAUGGCAUUGGCUGGUAUGUUUAAUAGGAAUCUGUUCUCAGAGAAUGAGCUGCCACCUGUUUUCUGUCUCUGUUAGAGAACUCUGGAAACCCAGUUCUUCUGUGAUUGUCUUCUGUUGUCAUUUGUUUUAUGGGUGACUACUGCAGAUGGUUUAUUUAUGGUCAACAUUUGUGAUCUUUCAAGCUUCAGUGUAAUUACAUUCCCUGGUAUGAUGAUACCUCUCACUGCUAUAGGCUCCUUGAGCACCAAAUAUCAUUCAUAAAUCUGUAUAUGUGAGAGCUAAUUAAAGCCUGAGCAGAGAAGCCUGUUAAAAUUAUGCUUUCAUAAGAAUGUUUUGGUUGCUAGAAUAAAUGUCACUAAAAAUGCCUUUUGCCUUUGUGUGAACUUCCUCUGUUAGCUGAUAUGACCUUAAUAGUGCUUUUGAUUUUGGUAAACUUUUUAUGCUUUAACCUUCAUUUGUUCUCAUGCCUUUAGAAACCCAAAGGCAUGAAACAGAAUGAAACCUCAGUAAUAAAGACAUCCCAGUAACACAGUGUCAGGAUUUUCUAAAAUUGCAUAUCUAAGUGUACUACAAAUUUUCCAACA